AUGAGUAGCGUUGUGAAGAAGCUCCUGUUUUGUGGAGCAAAGGGGUUUCCCUCCAUCACAGACUCAGAGGACUCUCGAAUCUGUCGAAUGCUGCAGCCUGUGCCACAAGCCGGUCAAGUCCGUGUGUACGUCGGAAGGGACUUUGAUCUGAUGUGCAAGUUUGAGAUGGAAGCCAAUUACCUAAACUACCCACUCUUCCAGAGCCUACUGGAGCUCUCCGCCGAGCAGGAGUUCGGUUAUUCCUACGAUGGAGCCCUAAGAAUAGCGUGCGAUGUCAAUCUCUUCUAUCAUCUUCUUCGUCUCCUUGAAACCAGAAAUCCUUCCGCCCAUUAUAUGGAGCUUUCCGAUCUCAUUUCCAAGUUCUACAGCUAG